UGCCAGCAGAUAAGCCUGGCAAACCUCGGUGUGAUUGAAGAAGCCAGUCUGAGACUCAGCCUAGCUCAGGCAAGCUACCGGCCCCUGGCUGUGCUCAACGAGCGUCGUCACAAUGGUGUUCGCAUUUUGGAAGGUUUUUCUGAUCCUAAACUGCCUCGUAGGUCAAGUUAAUGUGGUGCAAGUGACCAUCCCAGAGAGUGUUGUGAAUGUGACUGUCGGAUCUGAUGUCACGCUCAUCUGCACCUAUACUUCCACUGUGGCCACUCGGGACAAGCUUUCCAUCCAAUGGUCAUUCAUUCAUAAGAAGGAGUCACUACUAACUUCUCACAGCCCGUGCCUCAAUACUGAGAGUAUGGAGGAAAAGGCAGUCAGUCAGUGUCUAACAAUGGUGCAUGCAAGAGACGCUCGGGGAAGAUGUAGCUGGACCUCUCAGAUCUACUAUUCUGAAGGUGGACAAGCUACAGCCAUUGGGCAAUUUAAAGGUCGCAUCGUAGGGUCCAAUGAUCAAGAUAAUGCAUCUAUCACCAUUUCGCAUAUGCAGCCAGCCGACAGUGGCAGCUACAUCUGCGAUGUUAACAACCCCCCUGACUUUGCUGGCAAAAAUCAAGGCAUCAUCAACGUCAAUGUGUUAGUCAAGCCUUCGAAGCCCGUUUGCCGCAUUCAAGGAAUACCAGAAGCUGGCUAUCCUACAUCACUUUCUUGCCUCUCAGUGCUUGGAACGCCUUCCCCUGUGUACAACUGGUAUAAACUUGAAGGAAGUGACAUUGUCCCAGUGAAAGAAAACUUUGACCCAGCCACCGGGAUUUUGGUUAUUGGAAAUCUGACCAAUUUUGAACAAGGUUAUUACCAGUGCACUGCCACCAACUUCCUUGGCAAUAGUUCCUGUGAAAUUGAUCUAACUUAUUCACAUCCAGAAGUUGGAAUCAUCCUCGGGGCCUUGGUGGGCUCCCUAGUGGGCGCUGCCAUUAUCGUCUCUGUUGUGUGCUUUGCAAGGAGCAAGGCAAAGGGGAAAGAAAGGAAGAGACAUUCUAAAACCGCCACAGAACUUGAGCCGAUGGCAGAGAGAAACCAGAACCCUGAGUUGGAUACAUUGCCAUCUGAUGACACCAUCCAAGUAGAAGCACCUGUGCCAUCUUCCCAUGACACUGAUGUUCACACCAUCCAGAGGCCACAGCAUGAGCCGGCCCUGGAGCCUGCCCCAGAACCUGACCCUGUCCCCGUGACUGAGCCGGAGCCAGAACCAGAGACCAGGCCUGGGAUUGUAGUUGAGCCCAAGAAAAAGGGAGUGAAUAAGCCAUAGGCUGGUAGCCUAAGUACAGUGUUCACCACAUUACUGGUGGUUGGAAUUAAGCUGACCUAAGCAAUCUCCUACCACCUCCCUCCAUUCUGACCAGCCCUCUUUUAACAAGGUGCUCCUACCAUCCAUCCAAAACAAGCAGCUCUACUAAAUAAACUAAUAAUAAGUGCAAGCAUUCCUGUAUUAGCAGUAUACUUACAAUUUUACUAACAUGUAAGCAUAGCAAAUGAAAAGGCAAGUGAUUUCUAACUCAAUUAAAAGUGUUUUGUAACAACA